CAGAGUUGUCACACCUCUAACCACACAUCGAAAACAACGCGUUCUGCAGAAAUUGCAAUAAACAAUAACAAUGCUCUUUUACUCGUUCUUCAAGUCGCUGGUGGGCAAAGAAGUGGUCGUCGAACUCAAGAACGACCUUAGUAUAUGUGGCACCCUGCAUUCGGUGGACCAGUAUCUGAACAUCAAGCUGACGGACAUCAGUGUCACGGAUCCGGAUAAAUACCCGCAUAUGUUGAGCGUUAAGAACUGUUUUAUCAGAGGCUCCGUGGUUCGCUAUGUGCAACUUCCUGGCGACGAGGUGGACACCCAAUUACUGCAGGAUGCGGCUCGAAAAGAGGCUGUUGUGAGCACGAGAUAGAAUCCCAUCCAAGGAACUACCCAGGAUCUAAAAAUAGUGACCUAGAUCUGCCCUACAAACUAAGUGAAAUUCUGUUAAAAGCAAAAACCAAUAAGAGGAAUCGCCGUAAGAAAGUGCCGCCUUAUUUACGGUCCAUCAGUUUUUGA